AUGGGCUCUGCAAACUCGUACAAAUGCUCGAUCUCCGGCGCCGGAACCAGACCGGAGACAGAUAGUGAAGAAGAGCUUCCGAAACAAAUGGGUAUCCAAAGACCGAGAUCGGUUACACCUCUGAUUUUCAUCUGCUUCGCGAUUUCUUGCUUGGAUUCUACCUCUUCUGCUCAGAUUGGAACAAAUUACGGCGAUUCCGAUGAGAUCUUAAAUUCCGAUCAUAUCCCUGCUUCGUUCUUAUGUAUCUCCGAUCAAUACAUUAUGCAAUCUUAUUCCACUACACACACUUCCUUAGAAGACUCAGAGUUUCGAAACUUCUUGUUUCUUCAAGAAUGUUCUAGAAAAGAUACAGACAUUGUUGUUCCUGCAAUAUCAUUGUUACAACAACACAGAAACAUCACUGGUGAAGGUUCACAUCGUACUCUACAUACAUCAAUCAAGCUUCUUGUUCAAUCAGAUUCUCACCUUCGAGAACUCGUGAUUGUUGAAAGGUUGCCUUUGGGAGUUUUUGCUGAUCCUUUUGAGCUUCAGAAUCUUAAGCAACGUAGAGCUUUUAGAGAUGUAUCUGUGUUUGGAGACACGAAUCUUGAGCUGCCUUCGUUUAGAUCAAACAGAUCGGUAGUUGAGAUUCAUGUCGAUAUCAGUUCUAGAGAUUAUGAAAAUGGUGAAAUCACCUUAAAGCUUCCUUUACAUGCUCGGUAUCAGCCUCUGGAAGAGAGUGGAUACUCUAGAGUGGAGUUUGGAGAGCCAGACUUGUUCUUAUGCUCGAGCCAUGUACAAAACCGGCAACGUGAACAAAGAAAAUGUAUGGUUUUGUCGAUUGGCGGAUUGAAGACUGAAACAAGAUCUGUUGUCUGGGAAAUCCCUGCAGGAAUCAGGGAUCAUACGGAGUAUGUUUCCGCUAUUACAUUUGCAGCAGCAGUUUUGUCAGCAUUUUCGAUCCUUGUGGCAUCUGUUUUGAGCUCAAAGGUUGAAUCUUGUAAGAACUCGAAGAAGUCAUGA